AUGGCGUUUCUUUGGUUAGCAUGUGGUUUGCUUGCCCUUCCAUUUGACUAUGCUCUGGCUCAAGAUGGCGAUAUACUACGCUAUGUAGAUUCACUGAUUGGAACAGGCCUUGGAGGUAUGGCUAAACCACAGGAGAAGUUGGGCAACACCCGCUCCUAUAUUGACAAUCGAGCAGGUCAUGUCUUUGCUGGCGCUACUCUGCCUUUUGGCAUGGCCAAAGCUGUCGCAGACGUCAAUGGUGAAAACCAAGGUGGUUAUGCGAGCGACUACAGUAACAUCACAGGCUUCAGUCAUAUGCAUGACAGCGGGACCGGAGGAUCACCCUCGCUGGGGAACUUCCCUCUCGUCGCACACCCCGGAUGUCACAACGACGAUGUGAACGAAUGCAAGUUCACAUCGGUGGAUAGAGCCACUCCGCAGGUCAACGGCUCCGUUCUGGCGGAACCAGGAUACUUCACCAUUACUCUCGAGAACGCAGUCCGCGCCGAAAUGACUGUGACGAACCACACCGCCCUGUAUCGCUUCUCAUUUCCGGAAGGCCUCGCAGACAUGCCGUUGAGCCCGUUGAUCCUAGCGGAUCUCAUCGACCUUCCCAAGUCGAGAAGCAAUGCAUCGGUCUCUGUGGAUCCAAAUUCUGGAAGAAUAGUUGGCAGUGGAGCGUUCAGCCCUAGCUUUGGUAUCGGAACAUAUGACCUACAUUUCUGUACCGACUUCUUUGGCGCAAGCAUUCGUGACACUGGCGUCUUCAUGAACAACAGAGCUGGUAGCCAACCCAAGAAUCUGAGUGUCGUAACCGAUGGAGUAAACAAUUCCCCCGAAAUAUUGCCAGCUGGAGCUUGGGUGCGUUUCAAGGCACCAGAGAACAACGCAACACAAAUCUCUGCUCGUGUGGGAUUGAGCUUCAUGAGCACUGCACAAGCAUGCUCGAAUGCCGAGCUAGAGAUCCCCGAUUUCGACUUCGAGAGUACCCGUUCCGCCGCCCGACAGGCAUGGACAGACAAAAUGAGUGUUAUUUCUGUCACGCCCGGUAGUGUCAGCGACGAGUUUCAGACCAUCUUCUGGAGUGGGCUCUAUCGUGCUUCCAUCAGUCCGCAAGACUAUACGGGCGAAAACCCCUUAUGGAACAGCACAGAGCCUUACUAUGACUCCUUUUAUUGUAUCUGGGACUCAUACCGCAGUAUCCAUCCUUUGAUCACACUCUUCGAUCCAGAGUCUCAGGCACUGAUGAUCAGGAGCUUGUUGGACAUAUAUCGACACGAGGGAAAGCUUCCUGACUGCCGCAUGUCAUUGUGUAAAGGGUUCACUCAAGGUGGCUCCAACGCCGACGUCGUCCUUGCUGACGCAUACGUUAAGAACAUGACUCAAGGCAUCGACUGGGCGCUUGCAUACGAGGCUGUUUUGUCAGACGCUGAAGACGAGCCCUUAAACUGGGCAGUCGAAGGUCGGGGUGGCCUUGCGAGUUGGAAGUCACUUGGAUAUGUUCCUGCCGAUGACUUCGACCCGCACGGUGUAGGGCCUUUCACUCGAAGUAUCUCUCGUACUGUCGAGUACGCAUAUAACGACUUCUGUAUUGCCGAAAUGGCACGUGGUCUUGGUCACGCGGCAGACUAUGAGAAGUAUGUUGCGCGUUCUGAAAAUUGGAGAAAUCUCUACAAGGAAGAUCAGAACUCCACCAUCAAUGGAACAGAAACUGGCUUUACUGGCUUCUUGCAGCCAAAGUUCAUGAAUGGUACUUGGGGUCAGCAGGAUCCCAUCUUCUGCUCUCCUCUUCUCAACUUCACGUCCUGCUAUCUCAAUCCUGACGGUCAUGAGACUUAUGAAGGGUCAUCGUGGCUUUACACAACAUACGUUCCUCAGGACAUGGCAUCUCUGAUCACCACUCUCGACGGACCAGAUUCAUUCGUCAGACGUCUCGACUAUCUCCACGAAAGCGCUCUACUCUACAUCGGCGAUGAGCAAGGCUUCCUCCCAGUAUACCAAUACCACUAUGCCGGCAGACCAGGCAAGAGCGCCGCACGAGCACACACCUACAUACCAUCCCAAUUCAACACAAGCGUCAACGGUAUACCCGGCAACGAUGACAGCGGCGCCAUGGGCUCUUUCAUCGUCUUAGCUAUGAUGGGUCUCUUCCCCAACCCGGGUCAAAAUGUCUAUCUCAUUACACCUCCAUUCUUCCCUGAAAUCAGCAUUACGAACAAGAUUUCUGGCAACAAAGCAACGAUCCGAAAUGUCAACUUCGAUGCGGAGUAUACGAAUGUUUAUAUCCAGAGUGUUACGCUGAAUGGGGUGGCUUAUACGAAGAAUCGGAUUGGACAUGAGUUUUUCGUUGACGGAGGUGUGCUCGAGUUGACUCUGGGGCCUGAGGAAAGUGCUUGGGGUACGAGAUAUGAGGAUCUGCCUCCCAGCCUUUCCACAGGUUGA